CAGCGCUUAGGCGCCGCUUGUGGCGGUUUCCUUGGCUCUAUUGAAGCGUUCCAUUCAAAUAUAAACAAUUAUUACACUCUGUGAGCGGCAAAGUGGCUGGAAAGGCGUUGACGUGGCCGUAUUUGGAUAGUCACGUCAAAGUAUGUCUUAUUCCAGGGACAUAUUUCGAGGUUAAUCCGCUUUGGACGUCUUAUUUCUCCGGGAUGACAGGCUCCAGUGGUGAUCCUCUCACGCCGAUCUAAAGCCAGUGGCGCUGUAGCCUUCAACAUGAAGAAAUUAUUCAGCUUCUCCAAGAAGAAACAGUCGCCGUCCCGUACGCCAGACAGAGGGAACGCGCUAUCUAUCGGCUACGAUGUAAAAGAAAAGGAUCUGGGCAAAUUUCACAAGGCUGCUUGGCGGGGAGAUGUGGCCAAGCUGGAGCAUCUCGCCAAAACCAGCGACGUCAAUCAGGUCGACAAGCACAACAGAACUGCUCUUCACCUUGCUUGUGCCUGUGGAAAUGUUGAGGUGGUCAGAUUUCUCGUGGAGAAAAAUGUUAAACUCAAUUUAAGGGACAAUCAAAAUAGGUCUGCUUUAAUAAAGGCAGUACAAGGUCAGCAUGAUCUCUGCACUAGCAUUCUGUUGGAAAACCACGCUGAUCCCAACCUGGUUGAAACGGAGGGGAACACAGCUUUACAUUUGGCCUCAAGCAUCCCAUCAAUUUCAACUGCUGAAACUCUUCUGGAACAUGAUGCUGAUGUCAAUGCCCAGAAUAAGGAAGGCAUUUCACCAUUGGCUGUGGCAGUCCAAGAGGGCCACUUAGAAAUGGCAGAGUACCUGUUAAAAAAAGGUGCUGACGUCAAUAUGUUGGACAGAGAUCAUAGGUCACCAUUGAUGAUCGCUGCCUGCAGUGGACAAAUCAGCAUGGUACGAAUUCUCUUGCAGUUUCACGCAGAUAUUACGCUAAAGGAUAACAAAGGACAAUCAGCUGAGGACUAUGCAGUGAUUGAAGGCCACCAUCCAUGUGCCCUUCUCAUUACUGAGCACGGCACCCAAAUGGAACAAGCAACCCUGUCUCAUCCAGGGCCGAGUAAGAAGAAAUCCAAAUCAGAGACUGGCAACGCACCCCGACCCCUUUUAUCUGGCUUUUCCGUGGGAGGACCAGCCACGGACAAAGAUGUUUUUGAAGAUAAUUCUCAAGCUGAAUCCUUAAGCAGGUUGUCCAAAAAAGGUGGCACUGAUGAAUGGGGUUCAUCUGAGGAUGACUGUGAGUCACUUGAAAUCGAAAAGACCCCGCCAAAGAUGAACCUUAGAAAAAUGCUUGAAUCUAAAAGAGGAAAAGCCAAGCAUCAGUCAGAACCUGCGGCAGGCAAACGUGGUCCGGUAGAGCAGCUGUCAGGAAGUCAGUCAAGUUCAGAAUCUCAAGCGCAGAGCUCAGAAGGUGAGGGAUCUGAGGAGGAAGAAGAUGAAGAAGCAGAGAACGAAGAUGAUGUGACAGAAGAGGAGGAAGAAAUUGAGGAAAGCGAAGAGGAGAGUGAGAAUGACUCUUAUCUGGUGUCUGUUCAGUCGAACACUUCCUCUUCAGAAGACGCACAAAAGUCUGUAGAAGUCGAUUUUCAUGAUGGAACAGCUCAAAACAAACAGAGUUCUGAUCACGAUCUCAGUCGCAACAAUGCAGUUGAGCCUCUUGAGAAUUAUCCACAAGCAUCUGGAGGAUCGCAUUCCCAGAUGUUGCGGUCAUUGGACAUGGACCAAGAUCUGGUUGUGUCAGCCGUCAGAGUGGAAUCCAAAUAUUCCGACGAGGAUGAUGAAUUCAUGUCUGAAUCAGGCCAGAAGACAAACUUGGUUAAGGCAGACUUAGUUAAGGUUGACCCCCAAAUAAGUCAAGUAAAUGUGCUUGCUGAAGGUGAAAAUAUGGAUGGUGAAACUGACACUGAAGACGAUGGAUUCAAAAAUGAAAUGCGGAGAUCAUCAUGGGGCUCUUCCUUAGAAGAAACAACUAAUAAGCGCUUGGCCGAAGAGGGUGAUGUCACCAGCAAGACUCUUGAUCCACAAGGUAGCAAAGCUACAUUACAAGGUCACACGGGUUCACUGCCAAAACCAACCAAAGAUAAGCAAGCAACCAAAGAAAUACCUCAAACACACUCUGCCCGAUCCAAGAACAGAACAUCUGCAGCUGACUCUGACUGGGAUUCUCCAUCUGAAAAAAAUACAAGAGUAACAACAAGAGAACAGUCAUUUAAAGGCAGCAGCCCUGAAUCGCAAAAUAAAAACACUUCCAGAAAACAAAGCCAACACUCCAAAAGCUUGAACAGUCUUCCUACUGAAGAAAAUGAGUUUGAAGCAUCUGAAAAGAAGGAUUCUGUGGAUCUCAAGAAAAAUCCUUCUAGCCCAAGUAGUUUUAUCCGUUCCAAAAUUCAAACUCCAUCAAUCAAAUUGGUAGAAGAGAAUUGCUCAAAACUUGCAAAGGCAUGCAUUAAAUUCAUCAAACAUGGUGGUCGUACAUCUCAACUAGACAAGGCUACCAAUCUUCAUUCGGAAAAGUCGUCGCAUAAACUAAGCAAGGAAAGGGUCCCGUCCAGUGAAAUCGAUGUCGCUGGUGUUCUGUCUGACGGAAGCGUCUUUUCUGAACCGUUGCCUCACACUGACAUUGAUGACGUUGAUUUAGACUCACCUGAUGAGAAAGAGGAUGAUGAGAUUGAUGAAAGUGAUGAGAGCUCAGAUGGUGACACUGACGAUGAAGACUAUGAUGACCAAGAGGAGGAAGAUGAGGAGGAAAUCUCAGAUGAUCAACUUGAAGAUAGCAGAGACCUCCUCGAUGGUGCAACGGAUGUUCCUGAAAAAGCAGAUGUUUCUAAAGAUACCAAAACUGCUGUUUAUCAGGAGUUGGGUCUCGAGAAUAAAGAACAAAAAUCUGGUGAUUCUGAGCAUGAAGAUCACAAUUGUCCACAUGAAGAUGAGCCAAUUAAUCAAGAACAGAACACUACUGGAGAAGAGAUUAAAGAAGACUUGUUAUCUAUUCCCUCGUUUUUAAGAGGGGCAGGAAGAGGGUGGAUGCCCGAGCCUUGGUGGAGUAGAGGCAGGCUCAAAGGUGGCGUGGGCCUUGGUACGGCGAGUCCUCUUGCUGAAAUUAAAGGCAACGUACAGAAAGAGGACACGACACAAAAAGAGAAUGAGAACACCAAAUGGGGACUGCUGUUAAGCGAAUGUGAAGGGAAAAGCAAGGAAAAAACGGAUUUGAUGGAAGAACUCGGCUUGGGAGAUUUUGACUAUGCUGAAGAUGCAUCAGAUUGGGAUACAUCUAGCGAUGCCAGUAAGAAAAGCCUGCCCGAAGGCACCAAGACGCCUCCUGCACCUGAGGAGUUACCUCGAUCCUCCAGUAUGGAGAAAGAUGUCAACAUAUCUCCAAAAGCACCUGUCGCUCCUCCGAGGAGAUUCGGCGGGGAUGAGAAAAAGGUUCCUCAUCCCCAGCCUCGUUCCAAGAAGACCAUGCCUCAGGAAAGUGACAAAUCUGAUUGGGACCAAGAAACAGCUUCAAUAUGUAGUGAAGCCAAAAGUGAUGAUCAGCAGCUUCAGGAAGAGAUCGGAGAAGGCACCCCUGAAGUCUCACCAAUGGCGGCAGACAUAGAAAAUCAUUUACAAACUGACAAGGAGAAAGAUGAGACACUUGAGUCAUGUGACUUCGAGCCAAGUCAUCCACGCACGUCCCUCCCUGGCAAUAUCAUCAGAGAUCAACAAAGUCCCGAGGAAAGGCUUGACGAUGAUGUUCAACCAGACAUCAAUUAUGAGAACCUCUGGGAAGAAGUGGAGCCAAAGGAAGCAAAAGGACAAAUCCCAUCAGAAAGUGGAAAGCAAAUGGACUCAUCUUCUGGUGAAGAACAGUCAAGUGAUGAAGAGGAAGCCGAAGCAAAGAAGGGGAAGAGUGUAGACUUUGCUAGCCACCGCAAACUUAAAAUCGAUGAACAUGAGAAGAACCUUGAAGAACAUACUCAACCUUGCUGGUCAAGCAGAUAUUCUGCUUCUUUACCGGUUGUGACCCAUGACGACUGUCACGUGGAUGGUGAAAAGUUGAACCAGGAAGUCCAGAAAGAGAUUGUUAACGAGACUCCCGAGGCUGAUGUUUCGGUGAAAAAUCUCAGGGCUUUCAGUGACACAGAUGGAAGCGCAACAGAGGGGGUUGCCGUUGAGAAACUUGAGACUGGGUCAACGUGCCAAGAUGAAACAUCAAAUCAAGCAGAAGCCUCCCAACAGGCACAGAAAACAGAGAAGCCGCUAACAUCUGAGAGUCAUAUGACACAGACAGGUGUAAGCAAACCCAGAGAACAGGCUGAAGAGAAGACCGUACAGCUGGCAGGGAAUAGCAAGGCCCGUGCAUCUAGAACCCCUCACAUUGACAACACGGAGCUGUCAUUGUUUGACGACAGCACUUUAAGCGAUGUAUCAGACGAUGAAGGAAGGUGUCAAACUGGAGAACUGCGGAAAAAACAGCAAUCAGACGAAAUGGAGAUGUCUGAAGAUCUCGGCGAUCUCAAUUCGUCAUCCGACGUGACGACGGAUGAUUCGGACUUUCACGCUUCAGGUCAUCGAUGUAGCUCCCUCUUCAUUCAGAACCUGGACUCAAUCACGACAGACUCCAGAAGCAUGGUUAAGCUGCAGAACAUUUUCCACAAGUACGAGCGCUCCAUUCAGAAGGCCAAAAGCCGUCACAGCUACUAUGCAGACAAAGUGAGCAUCCUGGAAACAGAAAAGACGCAGCUUAAGUGCUCACUGGAUGAGGUGAAAAAUGUUAAAUCUGCCUUGGAGCGCAACCAGUUGGACUUGCAAACGGAAGUUACCAACCUCAAAUUUCAGCUAAAACAGGAGCAAGAAAAUGGCCGGAAUGCCACCAUGAUGUACAACACCACCGGAGAUAAGCUCAAGAGAACAGAGGAACAGCGGCUGCUUGAGGUUCAAGAAAAACAGAAAGUGGAACUUUCCCUUAGAAACUUGGAACUGGAGAUGCGAAUUUUAGUCAGCAACAAGAAGCAGCUCGAGGAGGACAACAGUCAGACUCAAAUGCUGUUGGCUCAGGAGCGCAGCGCACGCACGGUGUUAGAAAAUCUGCUCAACAGUCAUGUGCGCAAGCAGCAGGAGAUUGAAGAGGAGAAUAAAAGAAACAUAGGCAAAAGUAACGAGGCCUUGUCUCAGCUGACGGAAGCCGGCGACCGGGAACGCGAGCUGCUCCAGCAGAUUUCCAUAUUUCACGAGCAGCUGAGCACCCUCAGGACAGACCUUGAAAGUUCCCAAGCCAACAGCAGCAUCAAGCAGAGAGACCUCCAGGAGGAAAAUAAGUCCCUCAAGGAACAACUGGAAGAAGCCCGGCGAGCGCUCAAAGUCAACAGUGACACCUUAAACCAAUCUGUCUUAGACUUCAACAACCAGACGGCAACUAUGAAGUCGGAGUUGACCGUCGCCGCGACUCGCCUGGAGAAUGAGCGCGGGGUCCGUGAGACCAUGGCGGCAGAGUUGGAGUCGGUUCGCGCUCGUCUAACGGUGGCUCUUCAGGAGGCCGAGCGCUCCAUGGCGGCUCGGUCGGAUGCAGAGAAAGCGUUGCUACAGGAGAAGGAGGAACACCGUCGCCUUCAAGAUAGACUCUCAAAUGAUGCAUCCAGUCAGCAUGAAGCAGUCAGCAGCCUCUCCCAGAAGCUAUCCAAGGCAGAAGCACACGCAAACAGCAUUGAGAACGACGCUCAUUGCGUCAAGCUGCAGCUAACUGAGAAGAACCUCCUGCUAAAUACCUUGCAGCGCGAGAACGACCAGAUAAACGCACGCGUUAAAGAGCUGGAAGCUGCUCUGUUGGCUGAAAAGGAGCAGGUCACUCGAGCCGCAGCGCGCCAAGAGGCCACGCUGGAGCGCUUGGCCCAAAUGCAGAGUGAAAGCAUGUUGGUACGGCAACAGCUGGAGGAGGCCCAAAACAAAGGUGUUGCAAAGGAGAACGCCGUGACAGACGCCCAAAAGUCUUUCAGUAACAUUUUGUCCGAACUUCGCAAAGACUGUGAGGACAGAGUGCAACUUGCGCAGGACCGUUAUCAGGAUCUGGACGCAAAAGCUGCUGAACUUCGAGAAAAUAUUCACCAAUUACAGGAGGAAAAAAGUGAAAGAGAGGCAAAUCAGAGACAGCUGCAGCAAGAGUUAGCAGACUCAUUAAAGAAGCUGUCGAUGUGCGAAGCUUCUUUGGAGGUCAACACCCGUUAUCGGAAUGAUUUGGAAGAUGAGAAAACCCGGCUCCACAAAGACAUGGAUAGCCUUAAGUCAAAGAUGGACGAAAGGGAAUCUCAAUGCCUUGAAGUUGAGAAGCACGUGAACAAACUCAGGUGUCAUCUGGACGAAAGGGAGAAAGAACUCUGUGCUGCCGCUCAGAAACAGCAGGAGGCGCUCUCUGCUGCGGCUGCCUCCGAAGCUGUUGUUAAGCAACUGGAGGAGACUAUACAAAGGUUGGAGAUUGAGAAUGUCAAGCUAGAAGCUGCUGCGAAGCAACAGGCCAACAAACUUGAAGCACUUCAAAAGGACACUCAGGAAGAAAAAAAGGUCAGAGCUCAUUUGGAAGAUUUGGUGACCAACCUACAAAGUAGUAAAAUGACAUUAGAAGAAGAACUCAGUAAAGAGGUGCAAAAGCAAAGCAUGUUGUCUAACAGUGCCCACGACUCUCAGGCCUUGUGGGAGGAAGAGCUGAAGAGCCGCUCCAAGUUAGGACUCCGUCUUGCGGAGCUCGAAAAGGAAAAAGGGGAACUUGACAGUCAAGUGGAAAUAGAGAGGAGGAAAGCUAAGAAAGUAUCAGAACAGAAGAAGGCUGUUGAUUCUCGUCUGGAACAGGAGAUGGAGAGAAACACAGAACUUCAAAAGGAAAUAUAUAGGCUACGGACUCUACUGAAAACUGCCAAGAGGAGAAUGCGAGAGAUGGGCAAUGGUGGAGGAGGUGACUUUGCCUCUCCAAUGAGCAGUCUAAAGGUAGACCUGGGCAGAAACAGCCGAGCUGAUGGAGCUUUUAAUGGAAGAGCUGAAAAAGUGCGAGACCUACAGGGGGAGCUGGAGAGGAGCGCAUUCCAAGGUAGUCUGUCAGAGAGGAGGCUGUUAGAAGAGGAAGUGCAAAGCCUUAAACGCCGAGUGGAGGCCUCCGAGGCGGAGCAGAGGCAAAUGGAGCAGUACCGCCGAGAGGUGGAGGAGAAGGCCAGACAGGAACUACAUCACAAACUACAGGAAGUCAACAUCUUCCUGCAGUCCCAGGCUGCAACCCAGGAGGCACAGGACCAGAUUAAAGCAGCCAAUGAGGCCAGCCUACGCUUAAAGAUCCAAGAACUGGAGAGUGAACUGAACCGAGCCCGAACCGUUCAACACGACACCCUCAGCCAAAAAGAAUUAACUCGUACCGAGCUGGAGCACUUCAAAGAGCUAUACAGAGAGGAGCAGCGGCUCCGCAAGUCUUUGUCUUCUGAUCUAAAAAGGACUAACCACCAGCUCACAGAAGCAAGUUCGAGGUUUGUCAACGAACGCAGCAAGUCUCUUAUCGCCUCCCCUGGAACACUACCACCACCUUCAGUUGUCACGGGCUCUCUUGGGGCCCCCUACAGAAGCCUUGGCUCAGGGCUCCUCGGCACUGUGACUGAAGGACAAAGCAGCAGUAUGGAGGACUACUUGGCCAGGAUGCAGCGUCAAUUGGACAGAAGCAUAUCAAGGGAACUAAACAAAGCCUCAGCGGAACUCGACAUCUCUUUGGCCCGCAUGUCUCCAGUGGGCUCUGCCUCGAGGGUGGAGCUGGACCCUGUUAGCAGAGCAAAGCAGCAAUAUUUGGAGGUCCUAAAGAAGAACCACGAGGUCUAAAUUUAGAUUGGCAUCCAAAAUCUGUUUUUUUAGCCCAUCCAGAUUGAAACUGGAUGAUUUUUGCAAGAUUGAAACCACAUACGGUAGGUAGUUUCAUAUCAGAUAUGGACAGUAUGCUUCUCAGUCUGAACAGCUCAGACGGGUUUUGGCUGAAUGAGUGUCAAUAAUUGCGGACCAGUCUGAACAGGCCAGAUCUGAUUUGGACACUUGCAAAAAUAGUAUGAACGGUCAGCCCUAAAAUCAGAUUUGAAGAGCAAUCCAAUUAAAAUCAGAUAUGCCUGCAGUCUGAACGCAGCCUUAGAAACACAAACAAUUUGAGGUAGAAAUGAUGGGCAGUUUCCGUAUUUGAAUUUCUAAUCUACAUAAGACUGAGAUGUCACUGGGGACCUCACGAGGGAUUUUUAAAUAGAAUAUAACACACAACAUAAGGCACAUGCCACUAUAGUGUUUGUUUGUACAUAGCAAUUUCAAAUACUGACUGCAACAAUCAAAAACAAAUGUAGACCAAAUGCACAUUGCACUUAAGCACUCAGGAAGUGAGCACGCUGAUCAGCCACAGUUUUAAAUACACAAAACUGUGUCAAGUAAUUGACCUAAUGUUUAAUCUCUCUAAAUAGCCAAAAUGUUAUAAAAUACAGCAUAGAUCUAAUUUUGUGGCUGAUCAGUGAAUGUAUUUUUUGAAUAGAAUACAGUAUGUUGCACCUUUCCUAGAGAAAUAGUCCAUCAAAUUUCAGUUUUAAUCAGCAAAAUGCUGUUUAUUGUUUGAAUCUGUUGAUGUUUACUGUCUGUUGUUGGUACGGACCAUUAAAUGGUGACGUUUUUGUCUUGGUUUUAGAUAUUUUUAAUUGAAAAAAUUGCAUCAUCUGACUAAUCAACAUAUUUCUCAGUGAAAUGUACUACAGAGGUACUUGAGGUAAGGAUGUAUUUGCAUCAGUAAUUUCAGAUGUCUUUUUUUUGCCAUCUCUGCAACUCAUUACAAUGUCCAUAGAAUGCACAGAAUGUUUGUGACUCUGGUCUAUCAACAGGACCUGUGAAUAAAACUCUAAUGCAUUGACCAUACUGUAUAUUUAAUUGCAAUCACAUAUAAAGAAAAUGACUUAACAUGUAUUUAUCUGUAUAAAAUGUCAGUGAGAAAAAGAAAAAUACAUUGUAUCCUCAAAAAAAUAAAAUUAGAUUUUCCCAUAUAAAAUCUCUAAAUAUAGUAAAAUGUCUUUAAAGCACACAGAAGGAAA